CCGCUCGGAGGGAAGGUGAGAGAGACCCGCCCCCCCCCCAGCACCCCCGGGCUGUAGGGGGCGGAGGCUAAAGAGGCUGAGGAAUCACGUCCACGUCUCUCUCCAGAUGGGCCCGUCUUCGAGGACGCAGGGAAGGGAAAUGUCUGUGACGGAGCCAGCUUGGAUGCCAGUGAGCUUCGAGGAGGUGGCUGUGUAUUUCUCCCAGGCGCAGGGGGCUCUUCUGGACCCCACUCAGAGAGCCCUCUACAAGGCCGUCAUGGUGGAGAACUAUGAGACGGUGACCUCGCUGGGAUUUCCCAUUUCCAAACCUGAGCUGAUUGUCCAGCUGGAACGAGGGGAAGAGCCAUGGGUGCCCGAUCUCUGGACCUGCAAGGAAAGAAGUCUUCCGAGAUGCACCCACACAGCAGGUUCUGAGCGAGGGAGAGAGAAUGAGGAGGGGAAUCAUCAUGGGGAAGUUCCCGGGGAAGUGGAACCGCAGGGGACCUUUGUGGAAAGAGCUGAAGGGAUUUUUUCCCAGUGCUUCGAACUUGAAGAAUCCUGGGGAAAUUGGCACAGGUCAGAGAGGCUUCUGGGAAACCAGCCAGGGAAGAAAGUGGAUGGAUCUAUUAAUGGUAGGGGAGGAGAGGAGGAUCCCAGAGGACAGCAGACAAAUCCAAAGAAAGAGAUACCCUGGCACUACCUUCAGUGUGGGAAAGGAUUCAUUCUGAGAUCACAACUUGUGACACAUCAGAUAAUCCAUACUGGAGAGAAACCCCUUCAAUGCUUGGACCAUGGAGAAAGCUUCAAUAAGGUCUCAGAUCUUAAUAACCACAGGAGAAGCCACAGUGGAGAAAAACUCUCUCAAUCCCUCGAGAGCGGGAAAUGUUUCAUUUCGAAAACACGAAUAAUUUUACAUCAGUUAAGCCAUACAGGGGAGAGAUCCCACAAGUGCUUGGAGUGUGGGAAAACUUUCAUACAGAGGUCACACCUAGUUUGUCAUCAGGCAACCCACACAGGAGAGAGACCCCACAAGUGCUUGGACUGUGGGAAAGCCUACAUACAACAGUCUGACAUUGUGAAACAUCAGGCAUUACACACAGAUGAAAAACCUUCCAAGUGCUUGGACUGUGCAAAAAGUUUCAUAAAGAGAUCACACCUUGUUCAUCAUCAGGCAAUGCACACAGGAGAGACUCCAGAGGUGCUUGGUCUGCGGGAUAAGUUUCGUACAAAGGUCUGACCUCAUUAAACAUGGAAGAAUCCACACAGGAUCUAAUCUUCUGUAACACAUGGCAAGAAAGGGUUAAGCAACUUGCAUGUAAUUGACUCAGAUUCAACUUUUAGAGAGAGAUUUUAAAAGUUUGUCCACUUUAGAUAAGCUAGAGUUUGACAUGUAAAUGUGUAUUUUUAAAGACUUGGAAGAAGAGGGCAAGUCAUGUCUGAGUAACCUAAUUGUCUUUUAAUUUUAAAAAGCACGGGCUGUCGGCCUCAGGUGGUUGGGUCUCAUGAAGAAGGAACAGGCCCAUCUGGGAGGUGGGGAUAAAUGCUCAGGCUCUCAAACCCAGGUGGAGCAGCAGCAUAGAAGUACAGGUGUCAAAUGGGUGAUAAUUCUGUUGUGAACAGCCAUAUCGAGGAGUAUCGCUUUUCAUGUGGCCGUCCUCACUUCUGUGCUGCUAUUGGAGGGCUUCAGAGCUGGGCGCAUCGACAGCAACUGUUUGCUUCGCAUCUUCCGUGGUUUGGUAAAAUUUAGGAUUUAAAAUGCAUGGUUUAAUUUUAUAGUUUUAACCCAUUCUGACCUUUUACAUCUUUCUCCUUUGUAAUCCCUGAAAACCCCCUUGCUCCCAUUACUAAAGUGAUUUUAGUGUUU